AAAAGUUAACCUCACUUUUUAAAAAACAGAAAAACUUAUGGAAUAGACCAAAAAACAACCCAUAAAAAGUAGAAUAUUCCACGAAGCAAAAUGAGCGGCCAAAGGAAAUUGAAAAUCGCCUUCAUCCACCCGGAUUUAGGGAUAGGAGGAGCGGAAAGACUUGUUCUGGAUAUAGCCGUGGCAUUAAAAUCGUCCGGACACCGAGUAAGAUUUUUAACGAACCACUACGAUCCCUCUCACGCAUUUGAUGAACUGAAGACGGGCGAAUUCCCGGUGGAAGUAUAUGGAGAUUGGUUGCCGAGAAGCAUAUGCGGAAGAUUCCAAGCCUUCUGCGCUUACAUCCGCAUGAUUUACCUCUCUAUAAUGUACCUUCUUUUCUACAAACACGAGCAUAAACCGGACGUAUACUUCACAGAUUUAAUACCAGUUGCCAAUGCCUUUUUAAGACUGUUCAACGAGAAAGUAGUAUACUAUUGUCACCAUCCGGAUUUGCUUGCCAGUGCUCCAGGUGGAAGCCUUAAAAAGUUGUACAGGAUGCCAAUUAACUGGCUGGAAAUGUUCACAACAGGAUUAGCCGGUGUAAUAUUAGUUAAUAGCCAAUACACUGCUUCAGUUUUUCGAGCAACAUUCCCAACACUUACAAAUGACAUUCAAAUUUUGUAUCCCACUAUAGCCGAUUCCUAUCAGAAGACUGUAAGUAGAUUAAAGAAACCCAAGCCAAUCGAGAGCUUAGUGCCUGAAAUCAAGAAACCUGGGAAGAAAAUAGUAUUCCUGUCGAUAAACAGGUAUCAUCCUGCUAAGAAACUAGAGUUUGCUGUGCUAGCAUUAGAUAAGUUGCGACAAUUAAUUUCGAAGGAAGAUUGGGAUGUCACUUAUCUUAUACUAGCAGGCGGGUACGAUCCACAAUCCGGAGUAAAUGCCAUUACUUACCUGGAUUUAGUCAACCUCACCAAAGACAAGAAAUUAGAAGGCAAGGUCGUGUUUCUCAAGUCCCCGAACGACAACCUUAAAGCCGAAUUACUCAAUUCCUGCACUUGCCUCGUGUACACUCCGGUCAACGAACACUUCGGUAUAGUUCCGUUAGAGGCAAUGAUGGUUUCAAAGCCGGUUAUUGCCGUCAACAGCGGGGGCCCCAGGGAGACUGUCAAUCACGGAGUGACGGGGUAUCUUUGCGAGCCCACUCCGGAUAGUAUGGCCGAAUUCAUGGCUAGGAUCGUCGAUGGAAAUAGCGAAGAAAUGGGAAUUAAGGGAAAAAGCUGGUUGGAAGAGCAAUUUUCUUACGAUCAGUUCAAAAGUAGCCUUUUUAAGGUGUUGGAUAAACUAUGCAGUGGUCCUAGUAGUAAAAAAGAUUAAAUAUUUUUCUUAACUUUGUUUAAAUAAAUGUUUUAUAAUUGUC